AACCAGUUCCAAUCGAGACUUCGAGGUAGUGAGUUCGCGUCAGUUAGUAUGACACUUCUCACGUGAAAUCGUGAUAUUGUGCGGUGUAGUUCGGUUUAAAUUUCGUCAUAACCAUGAUGGAAGACCCGACACAAGUGUUGUUUACAGAGUUACCAGUGCCCUUACUGUCGACAGCCGCGUUUCUUCGGCACCACACCAGGUACCAACCGUACCAUCUCCCUCAUAGGUUUCACAUUCAAGAGUUUGUCCAACAACGGACCUACGAGGAAGAACAAACGGAACUCGACUCUGGAAAGACGCACAUUUCCUGUCUUUAUCCCGAGAUCUUAGCUAUUAUCUUCAGCUAUUUGGACGUACGAGACAAGGGAAGAGUAGCUCAAGUGUGUACUACAUGGAGGGAUGCUGCUUACCACAAAUCGGUCUGGAGAGGAGUGGAGGCUAAGUUACAUUUACGUAGGGGAGCGAAUCCGUCUUUAUUUCCAUCUCUGGUGAGACGAGGGAUCAAGAGGGUUCAAGUCUUGAGCUUAAGGAGGUCACUGCGAGAUGUUAUUCAAGGGAUCCCCAACAUGGAGUCCCUAAACCUCAGUGGCUGUUACAACGUGGCCGACGUGGGUAUCACGCACGGUUUCUCCACUGAAUGUCCAUCACUCACCCAGCUGAACCUUUCCCUGUGUAAACAAGUUACUGACAACUCGUUGAGCAGGAUAGCGCAACAUCUGAAGAACCUAGAAGUAUUAGAGCUGGGUGGGUGUUGCAAUGUCACUAAUACCGGUUUGGUGCUCAUCGCCUGGGGACUAAAGAAGCUUAAGAGACUGAAUUUGAGGAGUUGCUGGCAUGUUAGUGACCAAGGAAUAGGACACUUAUCCUUCGCGAACCAAUCUUUGGAGUAUUUAGGACUCCAAGACUGCCAAAGACUUUCCGACGAAGCCCUGAAGUAUGCAGCAGCUCUAACCUCCAUAAAAUCUAUAAAUUUGAGUUUCUGCAUCAGCAUUACCGACAGCGGACUAAAACAUCUAGCCAAAAUGACCAAUCUUCGUGAACUAAACCUUCGUUCCUGUGAUAAUAUCUCUGACAUAGGCAUGGCCUAUCUAGCCGAGGGAGGUUCUAGGAUAUCAUCUUUAGACGUCUCUUUUUGUGACAAAAUAGGAGAUCAAGCUUUAGUGCACAUUUCGCAGGGACUCUUUAACCUGAAAAGUCUAUCACUUAGUGCGUGCCAGAUUUCGGAUGAAGGUUUAGCUAAAAUUUCGAAUACGCUGCACGAUCUUGAGACGUUAAAUAUCGGACAGUGUAGUAGAGUGACUGAUAAAGGUUUAACGAACAUAGCUGAAGCGCUUACUAGGUUAAAAUGUAUAGAUUUGUAUGGUUGUACCAGAAUAACCACCGUAGGACUUGAAAAAGUAAUGAAAUUGCCUCAAUUGAGUGUACUUAACCUCGGAUUGUGGCAUGUUAGGUGAAACGCGUUCCUUUAGAUAGCUAGAAUUUUUUAUACAAAGCAGUACAGUGGAGUUGUGUACAAAUAUACGAUUUACGCAAAUUUUGAGUGUCAUCUAUUACUACCAAUCAGUUUUUUGUCAUUCUUCCUCAUUGCGUCCAGUUAGAUUGAAUGACAUAUUUUUUGUUUUGUUUCAAACAAAAUAGGAAACUUAUGUUAACUAUUUCGCUAGUUCUCUCCAUUCAUGAGAUUCUGGAUUACAUUAAUUAUUUUUGCUGAUUAUGGCUCGAUCUAGUAACAGAAGAAUCUGUAAAAGAUGGUAAAAUAUUCUUUCUCAUAGGGGCAACGCUUCAGUUACUCUACUGAAUACCUUUGGAUACAGAAUCCAUAAUAUUUAUCCACAUAUUUAUACACGACUUCACUUGUUUACUGUUUUGGUUUUUGAGAAGAAUUUAAGUUUUACACAACUCCAGAAAUCUAUUAUAUAUUUUUAUAUAAAUUAUUUGAAGGCAUUAAUAAAGACUAAGUUAUUAUUACCGACGAAAAGUAAAGUUUUUUCUCUUAUAUACAAAAUAAUUGCUUGUCAAAUUUAAUUGUUAGAUUUCGGGUGUGUUUUUUAUUAGUCUUUGAGCUCUGUGAACAAAACAAUCAAUCUUAUCAACAAACAAUCUUAUUAUUUUCCAACAUCUUAAGUACUACAUUGAUGGAUAUAUGCUUUCCAAAAGUCUUUCCAUAUAUCGCGCUAUUACAUUAUCUUAUCAAUAUGCCUUCAUGUACAUCUUCUUGUCUGGUUGUGCAUCUUUAAACAUUACGUCUAAGCACAUAAUAUUAAAAAGUAAAGGGUACAGUACACAUCCUUGUCGCGCUCCUCGUCCUCUAUUUCUUUAGUUUUUUGUUGAUCUACUCGUAUUAUGGCUUCUGAUUUCUGUUUUCCGUAAUACGUUUGCAAGUCUAAUGUAUUGUAUUUUGUCGAAUGCUUUCUCAAAGUCAACUAAACAUAUGAAUAGAUCACAGUUGACAUCUUGACACCGUUAUCAGUGUUUGUACAGUAAUUAAUGCCUCUCUAGUGUCAAAGCUUUUCUAAAUCCCAGUUGGUUUCGUGAUAUUUCAUCAUCUAGUUUUUUGUAGUUCAUGCAUCGCUCGUAAGAAGACUUGUUCAUCAAGCUGAUCGUUCUAUUUUCUUCACAUUUUAUUGCGUUGGGUUUUUUGGGUAUUGGGAUCAAUACAGAUAUUAGCUAUUCUUUCGGAAUUGCCCCAGUAUCCAAUAUUUCAUUGAAUAAUUCUAUAGAUUGAGUACUGAGCGAAUUAACGGAAUCAUAGACUGUUUUAAUAAAAGUUUAUUUAGAAAAACAAUAUUUUGAUAAAUCUAUUAAGGUAAAGCUUUCACCUCGAAACCAAACCUGAAUAAACGCGCCCAUCAUUUUUAUUUUUGUAGUACAGUCGGUUUUGCCUAGUCUAGCUUUGCAUAUGGCCAUUACUUUUCAAUUGGGUUGAAGUCUGGCGAAUUACCGGGCCAAUCUAAAACAUUAAUCUUCUUAUUUUUGAAAAAUUCCAACGUUUGCUUUGGCUUGUGACAAAGAGCAGAGUCCUGUUGAAGCAUCGCUCCUUCUUGAGGCUGACAUUUUUGGACUUCUGCGUCAAAACGCUGUUCCAACUGAUUUAUAUUUUUGGCUGUUCAUGAUGCCUUCGAUUGGUACCAAACAUCCAACCCCCAUGUAUGAAAAACAUCCCACAACAUUUUUUUGACUGGAUGUUUUACGGUUUGAUCAAUAUGAGAUGGUGUAAGAUUUUCAUUGUCAGACUUUUUGAUGAAUUUCGACCGCUGUCCCUGAACUAUAAAGUUAGUUUCAUUUCUAAAUAGUACUUUUCUUCAGUGGUCUACAGUCUAAUUAGAGUAUUUUUUGGUCACAAUAGCCUUUGUUUCUUCAUUAGUUCGGUUAGAAGCUGUUUUUCCUGUGAAUGUAUCGUCCUUCCACCAUUCUCCAAACGUCUUUUCCGAACAAUUGAGUCAUAAAUCACUACACCUGAUGCUGCUAGAUAUUAUUAGAUUGUUUUUCUUGGGUCCAAUUUGCUCUUUUGAAGUAAAAAUCUUUCAUCUGUUGAUGUUGUUUUUCUCUCUCGUUCGCAUUUUCCUAACCUUCUCACAUCUUUUGAUCCCGUUUCUCGUUAACACUUCAAAAUCUUGCUUACUACCCCGUGAAUCACUCCACACCUUCUUGCGAUUUUUCUUUGUGACAUAGAAGUGUGUUCACAUUAAAAUGAUAAUCUUUUCACACUUCCUAGGCAUAAUAUAAACUCAUUAAUUACAGAAAACAACACAAAAUAGUACAAAUCAACACAAACUUGGUGGGAAAUGUCCUAAAACACGGUCAAAUAAAAGGCAGAGAAAAGUAGAAUUAUGUUUUCAGUGCUUGGUAAGUUGUAAAUGUGUGAACAGUGUUGCCAACUGUGAGUAAUGUCACAAUGGUUCCAUUAAUUCGAACAAAAUAUGGCGAUACAAUAUAUCCAUGUCUAAUGCUCGACUUUGAGCCAUUAUAAACAGUUUGGUAUAUCUUCCCAAAGCAAGCUUUUUUUGUAUAUUUGAUAUAAUUUUAACAAUAUUAAUGCCUCGAAUAAAUUUAAAUAUAGCGACUGUUCUGGAUUUGUGAAAAUUUCCUGUGAUUAAUUUUCAAAAAUUGUAUGAUGAAAAAUUAAAGCAUUGGUAUUGAGAUGUGCACAUUCCAAAAAUGCCCGCUGCAGAACUGGAUAUCUAGUGGAAACGCAUUCUGAGCUGUGAUAGAAUAAAAAACGAAUGACGUAACGUAAGAAUAAGGUGAUUAUUUAUAAGUUUAUCAGGUAUGAGAUGUUGUUACAUGGCUUGGUUAUACUCAUUUGGCGAACAGAAGGCAAAUAUUUCAAAUAAUUAUAAUGUUUUUGUUUUACAAACGAUGACACGUAACUUUCGAUCAUCACAUCUCAUUUUCAAUCACAUUUUCAAGGAGAUUUUAAUUAUUUAACUAAAGAAAAGAAAUGGGAUUUAUUUUUAACAUUGAUCACAAUUAUCUUAUCUUUUAUCGUUAGUAGAAACUCAUAAUAAGAUCAUUCAUAUCCUGAGACCGGACCUGAACUUUUUUGUUGGUUUUUUUUUAUUAAGUAAUAGAAUUCGUAUGAUUUUUAAUAUAAAAACACAUGGAAAUAUUUCUAAAUUUUAUUUUUUUACUAAAUGUGGAAAAAAAACUUGUCCAUUCAAAAGGACAUCAGGAUCGCAUCAAUACAAAAUUACUGUAAAUGAAAUUGUUUAAAGCAUUUGCUAUUUCUCGUUAAACAUAAGAAUAUGUCUUUACAUGUACUAAAAACUUUUGUUUUACCCUUACAUCUAACAGAAUUUUUUAACUCGGAUGCCAUUGCAGGAAUGUGUUGUAUCUUUCUCUUAGUAGACGUUGGAAGUAAUGUUCUAGGUUUGUAACUGUUUCUACAAGUUAGCAGUGAUAAAAUCUUCCCAAAAUCAGAAUUUUCAGAAAUGUUAUCUUUAAGGAGCAACUCAGAAACAGCUACUUUAAACUCCAGGGACUUCAUAACAGUUUUACUAGCGUCACCAUGUUUAUGGCCAUCUCUGUAUAGAAUCCAGAAUUGGCAAUGUACAGCAGGAGUGUGACGUCACGACUGUCACAUUGUCAUUAUUACUUUCCAAACAAAAGUUGAAAUGUCAAAUCUCAAGACAUUUUAAUUUCUAUAAAGUUAACAUUUUGCUUCCUCUGUUGCUUUUUCUUGUAAGUAUAGUGUUUUUUACGUUAAUACAAUCAUAAUUCAGAGUUCAAUUUCUAUGAAAUAUAGUUUAAAAAUUUAAAUUAAAGAAAUUCUAACCUUACUUUAUUGAUACAUGCAUUUUAUUGCUAUUAGCAUAAAACAAUGUGCUUUGUUAUUUACACAACCUUGUAAAAUUGUUGUAGUAACUACAUAUAUAAUACAUAAAUAUUGCAAAAAGCGGAAAGAUUCUAU